UGCGUACAGUUCCAUGCAAUCCGGAAGAGGUUCCCUCUAUCUGUUCCUCUCUUUCCCCCGCUCUCUUCCUUCCUCCCCGCUAUCUCGCUUUUCCCCACGAGAUAACGAUUAGGUGUAUACCGAAUAACAUCGAUCUCGAUUUCUGGAACGGGGUCACCACGCAGGGGGCAACGAUCCAGCGCGGCGCGGUGUCCGCGUAAAUAGAACGGAUUCGCGUGCGAAGCGAGUGGUUUGUUUGUCGACAAUCGCGUCGUGCGUGAGCCCGCGCUGCGCGUUUCGUCGUCGUCGUCAGUCACCGUCGUGCGUUGUGUUGUGUUUACGGAAACAGGGACGAGAUUCAUCUCACGCGCCCGCCGCUGGUAAAGUCUACUCUCGCGACGACAACGAGCUCGCGCGUCGUGGACGCGUCCGCGCGUCGCCGUUGUCACCCUGUGCGCGUUUUUCCCUCGAUCUUUCUUUCUCCCUCCCUUCUGUCUCUAUCCGUCUGUGCGUGCUCUCUCUCUCUCUCUUUCUCUUUUUUUCCAUCUCUCUGUACUCGCGCGGUCAAGAAUGACGGGCCGCGCGACUGCUCGUCCUCGCUGGCAGCGGUGUGUAGUUUCCGUCAACGUCCGUCCCGCUGACGACGCGGAGUGAACUCGUCGCGCGCGCGUUCGAGCCGCGAGAGCAUCCGUCGCGGCUUCCUAGUUGGAUUCAGGCCAGCCCUGAAAAGUGGAGAAGAUGGAUGCGACGAUAGAGCGGGAGUGCACCGCGCUGGGCGGUCUGUUUCAGCAGAUCGUCACUGACAUGAAGAAUGGAGCACCACUUUGGGAAGAUUUGAUUUCGAAAGCUACAAAGUUACACGCUAGUUUGAGAGCUGCUAUCUUAGCUAUUUCUGCAUAUCUUGAGGCUUUCCAAAAAAUAGCAGAUGCUGCGACUAAUGCCAGAGGUGCAACCAAGGAAAUUGGAACAGCACUUACGCGAAUAUGUCUGAGACACAAAGCAGUAGAAACUCGUAUGAAGUCGUUCACUAGUGCUAUUAUGGACUGUUUGGUGUUGCCUUUACAAGAGAAAUUGGAAGAUUGGAAGAAGUCUUUGAUCAAUUUAGACAAAGAACAUGCCAAAGAAUUCAAAAAAGCGAGGGCAGAACUAAAGAAACGCUCUACCGAUACUCUACGACUGCAGAAGAAGAAAGCACGAAAGGUUCAAGUUCACUUACACGUUCAAGGGCAAUCUCAAAGCCAUGGGACGUGUUCCGAUGUGGAGCUCAAUAAGAUGCUGGAGUCAUCGGCGGCGGUCGUUCAAGAAAAAAGACUGAGUUUAGAAGAAACGGAACGAAAAGCUGUCCGUGCGGCCCUUCUCGAAGAGAGGGGCAGAUUUUGUCUCCUCGCCCGAUUCCUGAAGCCCGUACUUGACGAGGAGAUAGCGAUGUUAAUGGAAUUGACACAUCUGCAAGAGGUCUCCGAUCAAUUGCAAAGACACGCCGCGUCGCCGCAUCAUUUACCGCCUGCAUCCGAGCAGGUAAUAACGGACAUAAAAGGUUGCGACGUUACUCAGUGGUCAUUGGCUACGCCGCCGUCGAGUCCAUCGUUGUCUCUCGGAUCGAGGAAGAGUUCUAUGUGUUCGAUCAGUUCUCUAACUAGUAGCAGUAGUGGAUCUUGUAAAAGCCAUCCGAGCCCGUCUGGACACCCGUGGCACAGAUCGCUUUCUCAGUCAGUUGGUGUCAGACCCGCCAGCAUCAGCGGCAUCGCCACGCUGCGCCACUUGACCAGUGGCAGUUCCCGCGAUUCUGGUUUUACGUCACAGGAUACCUUGUACAAUCAACCGAUUUCCGAACAUCAGGUAUCGAAUGUGUCUUCUCUAAGUAAUCAAAGUACUGGUUGCACUGUAACGCGACCUGUGACAACUUCUACUUGGCCUGAUUUGCAGGAAACAUCCGUUCAGUAUGAUCGGCAAAAUCCGGGCGCGGUGAACGAGCGGCCACAUACCAUUUCCUCUGCGUACGAAAAGGGACAUCAGAGACCGGCGCUGAGCGUCUACACAUUCCAAGCUCCGGAGCGAGAUGGUAACAGUUGCUGUCACAGCCAGCCUGCCUCUCCGGUUUCCUCUUCCUCUUCAUGUUCUUCCUCGAAUCAACAACUGUCCAGGGUGCAGCUCCGUAGAAAUAAUAGCGGCAGUCGUCCACCUAUUCCUAACAGAUGUUCUAGUUUGGAACGACCGACGAUUCCGGUGAAGAACGAGCCGCCCGGGAGUCCUCGAGCGAAACCGAAGUUACCUCUUCCUGCUCAUUUGGCGAAAGAAUUGGCGACGCAUCAGCUCCAACAACCGAUGUACGUAAAUAUGCACGAGUUGGCGAACCUAGCUGCCAGUCGUGCUCAGGAGAUGCAGCUUCCAUUGCCUCCUCCUCCAGCAUUGUUAACAGCGCCAGGAGCCGAUAAGGCCGAGGUUCCGGAGAAAGACGCCGGCAGUCAGACGUCCGAGUCCAGUUUGGAGUCUAGCAGCGGAUACGGAAGCCAGAAUACUUUACCGCACUCUCAUUCGCUUCAAAAUCAAAAUGAAAAUACGUGGAACGUACCUGGCGCUGCGGCAACAUUAAUGUCACGCAGAGGGUCGGGACAACAGACGAGCAGACCGCCGCCGCCAACAAGACGGACGUCGACCGUCAUCACCGCGCCCCCCACCUCAUCCGUUAAUGAAGAGCGAGGCGAGAACGUUUCCGACGAGACAGAGAACCUUCCUCCGCCACCUCCGUUCCUUCUCGAAAGUUCUUCACCCACAGUCAGCCCUAAGCCUCAGAGAUCCAUCUCGGUUUCCGAGACAGUGAGAACUCUGACCGAGCUUCGUCAUACGCCAGCCAGUCCAUCACUCUUACGGAAAGCUACCGGGCAACAAGCACAUAAUCCUAUGGGCAUCCAGCACAAUACUGUACUGCAGAUAACUCGUUCGACAGUAGACCGUUCCUGCUCAGCUGCACGUUCAACGUCCCAAGAACGUGGAUCUGUCGGUGCACAAAUUACCAAUGUAGCCAGUAGUGCUACCGUCAGCCAAACAGGUCAAGCUGCGAGCCAAGGCCAAGGACCGGGUGGCGUGGGCCAAGGCUUCAUGGCAGUGCUCAAUGCUAAACUCAUUGGUACCAUAAGCAGCAAUACUUCAGGCAUGAAUGCAAGCGGCAGUCCAAAGUCUCUCAGGAAGCAGUCGUUUUCGGAACAGCAGCAGCAACAGCAGUCCAAUAAGAAUGUCAAAACGGCGGCUCCUGGCUUUCUUGAGACGCUAAACGCUAAACUGGCGCAACAGCAGCAGGUUUUGCAGCAAGCAGGCACGAGCAGAUCCGCGAGUAUCAGGCGUAUCAUGGGUAAUCGCGUGCCCAUCAUGGAUCCUCUGCAAAUGAGAGACUCCCUCAUGGAUCAGAUUAGACGAGGUACCCCGCUGAAGAAGACCAGCGGCCCGAUCAACGAUCGUUCGGCACCUAAAAUCUACUGAGUAGUCCAGCAACGACCUUUGCGUAAGUCUGUAAUAAACGUCACGUUGCUUCACGAGCAACGUGCUGUUCUAAUUAUGACAUGAUUGACGCGCGAGAUAAAAGCCAGUCGGAUAGAAAUCAAGUAUCUUCCGAUUCUUCAUCUAUUUUCGUGCAUCAAUUUUGAAUUACGUGCGUAAAUGUAAAUCGAGGCCGCCGUUACGUUUAUUGCGUCACUGUAAUUUACCCCGCCCGCUGAAAUUCCUCUGAUAACACGCAGGCUCCAUAUUAAAUCGAUAUAUGAUUUAUUGUACAAUAACGGGGCGUGUAUUGAAACGCGCAAUUAAGUGAGAAUUGAUCAGAAGUAACUUUGCGUAGGUUUAAAAUGGCGUUAUAUAUAGCAAUUAUAUUGUAGAGCGUAAUCCGAAAAGAGUGCAGCAUGUAGGAAGAUUUUUAUAAUGCGUAUUAAUAUUUAUAAAGAAAACUGAUUUGAUUAGGGAAUUGUAUUGAAUCUCGUAAGAUCCGUACCGAUACAACGACAAUACUCCAGUACAACUUGUGUCUUAUAGUUCUAUAUUUUUUCUGCUUAAUACAGCUUGGACACGAACGAUUUUCUUAUUGAUCUAUUGUCGCUACUUAGUCUAUAAACACGAAUAUAUGACGGAUUCUUGCGAUCUCGCGCGCGAGAAAGUCAUACAUAAUUUAAUAUCGAGCUUGUGUAUUCGAGUCAUGAAAUGUGUAAAAUAUAAAUGCAUAUCCGUGUAAGAUCUUAAACGUCUUACACACAUUUUUAUGAUUCUUUUUUCAUUUUUAUAUGAGAGAGGCGCGAGUCUACUUUGCUAGUUUCCAUGCUUUUUAUCUUGUUGUUCUUAUUGUUUAGUAUACCAGGUUUAACUUUGUCGGGAUGGCCAAUUUUUUUUUUCUAGUAGUGCAUUCUCCGCCGUUGAGGUGUAUCUCUGGGUUACGAAUCGGUGGUACAUAUACUAAUAAUCUAUACUAUACGGCAUCUCUCUCAAUGUCGAUAAAUGUUAAUAAGCGUAUGUGUCGCGUCUUCGCGGAGAUAAUGUAUUUUACGGUCGCCAUCGCUUGCAAGCUACAUUCACUGCGUCUCCUGGCAAAUUAAAAAAAAAGUAAAUAAAAGAAACGCCCCCCUUCUCGAUCGCGGGCGAGCGUCCCGAAAUCGAGUAUUGCUCCGUCAUCAAAUGUUAGAAUCUCGUCACAUUGUUAGAAUCUCUUUUUUUACACAUUGUGUCUUCACGCGCAUCGUUUUGCGUUUCUCGUCGUUCUUGCCAAUGCAUGCUCGCCACGAACACUGCCUAUUUUUUUCUCUUGGACAUCCGCAGUUGAAAACAUGUGUUUCUGUCAUCUAGCGCGAGAUAUAGGUAGACGGCGAAUAUACCGAUUACUGCCAAUUACACAUUCAUCCGUUCAUUCCGUACGUAGUUAAGUUCUCAAGGAUAUUGUAGCGAACCAGCGCGAUGAAUAGUGUAUAGUAAGCAAUAGUAUAUAUAUGUUUAUUUAUUUCAAGCAUUUAACUGUAUACAGCGUGAAUAAAUAAUAAUACUUCCAGAGAA